CCAUACUUGAGUCGAGAGAGAGAGAGAGAGAGAGAGGAUUGGGAACUCUCUCCUAUUUCCACCCGAAGCGCACAGAUCUCUCAAAAGCUUCUGAUUUCGCCAUGGCUCAACCCUUCGUGAAGAAGGAUGAUGAUCGAGACGACGAAGCGGAAUACUCCCCCUUUAUUGGGAUCGAGAAGGGUGCGGUUCUUCAAGAAGCUAGGGUUUUCCACGACCCCCAACUUGAUCCCAGGAGAUGUUCUCAGGUCAUCACAAAACUCCUGUAUUUACUUAACCAAGGAGAAACAUUCACAAAGGUAGAAGCUACAGAAGUGUUCUUUGCUGUCACGAAGCUCUUUCAAUCAAGGGAUAUAGGACUGAGGAGAAUGGUUUAUUUGAUGAUCAAGGAACUUUCCCCUUCAGCUGAUGAGGUUAUUAUUGUCACGAGCUCUCUGAUGAAGGAUAUGAACAGCAAGACUGACAUGUAUAGGGCCAAUGCAAUUCGAGUUCUCUGUAGAAUUACUGAUGGGACUCUUCUCACACAAAUAGAAAGAUAUUUGAAGCAAGCAAUUGUAGACAAGAAUCCUGUUGUGGCCAGUGCUGCUCUUGUUAGUGGGAUUCACUUACUUCAGACAAACCCAGAGAUUGUGAAAAGAUGGAGUAAUGAAGUACAGGAAGCUGUUCAGUCACGGGCUGCCCUUGUACAGUUUCAUGCUCUGGCUCUUCUCCACCAGAUACGGCAGAAUGAUCGAUUAGCUGUUAGCAAGCUAGUUACCAGCUUGACAAGGGGAUCGGUUCGUUCACCUUUGGCACAAUGCCUCCUCAUUCGUUAUACAAGCCAGGUAAUACGUGAGUCAGGCCUUAACACACAGACAGGAGAUCGUCCCUUUUAUGAUUAUCUUGAGGGUUGUCUGCGACAUAAAGCGGAAAUGGUUAUUUUUGAAGCUGCUAGAGCAAUAACAGAGCUGAGUGGUGUAACCAGUCGAGAACUGACUCCUGCUAUCACUGUACUGCAACUCUUUUUGAGUUCAUCAAAACCAGUACUUCGUUUUGCUGCUAUUCGCACUCUAAAUAAGGUCGCAAUGACACAUCCUAUGGCAGUUACAAACUGCAAUAUAGAUAUGGAGAGCUUAAUUUCAGAUCAGAACAGAAGCAUUGCAACACUUGCUAUUACUACACUUUUGAAGACAGGAAAUGAAUCGAGUGUUGAUCGUCUGAUGAAACAGAUAACUAACUUCAUGUCAGAUAUUGCAGAUGAGUUCAAGAUUGUGGUUGUGGAAGCUAUUCGGUCAUUGUGCCUAAAGUUUCCACUUAAGUAUCGAACAUUGAUAAACUUCCUAAGCAACAUUCUUAGAGAAGAAGGGGGAUUUGAAUACAAGAAGGCAAUUGUUGACUCCAUUGUUAUCCUUAUAAGAGAUAUACCAGAUGCCAAAGAAAGCGGAUUAUUUCACCUUUGUGAAUUUAUUGAGGACUGUGAAUUCACAUAUUUGUCUACUCAGAUCCUACAUUUUCUGGGAAAUGAAGGGCCAAAGACAUCAGAUCCCAGUAAAUAUAUCCGGUAUAUCUAUAAUCGGGUUAUUCUUGAGAAUGCAACUGUUCGGGCCAGUGCUGUUAGUACCUUAGCAAAGUUCGGUGCUAUGGUUGAUUCUUUGAAGCCUCGAAUAUUUGUUCUGCUGAGACGGUGCCUCUUUGACAGUGAUGAUGAAGUUCGUGAUAGGGCAACACUCUAUCUAAAUACACUUGGAGGUGGUGAUGGUUCCAUUAAUGGAAACAAAGAAGUGAAGGACUUCCUCUUUGGGUCUCUGGAUGUUCCGUUGGUCAAUUUGGAGAUGAGCUUGAAGAACUAUGAGCCUUCAGAAGAACCUUUUGACAUUGAUUCUGUACCCAGGGAGGUUAAAUCACAGCCUCUUGCUGAGAAGAAAGCCCCUGGGAAAAAGCCAACUGGGUUGGGUGCUCCGCCUAGUGGUCCCACAUCCACUAUUGAUGCUUAUGAAAAGAUGCUAUCCUCCAUCCCUGAAUUUUCAAGCUUUGGAAAGCUUUUCAAGUCAUCGGCACCUGUAGAGCUCACAGAAGCUGAAACCGAAUAUGCUGUUAAUGUUGUCAAGCACAUCUAUGAUGGGCAUGUUGUAUUCCAGUACAACUGCACAAACACUAUUCCUGAACAACUAUUGGAAAACGUCACUGUUAUUGUGGAUGCUUCUGAGGCUGAGGAAUUUUCUGAAGUUACAUCCAAGCCUUUAAGAUCAUUACCUUAUGACUCACCAGGGCAGACUUUUGUUGCAUUUGAAAAGCCAGUUGGAGUUCCUGCUAUUGGGAAAUUCUCAAAUAUGCUUAAGUUCAUCGUUAAAGAGGUUGAUCCAUCUACUGGUGAAGCAGAAGAAGAUGGUGUUGAAGAUGAAUAUCAGCUGGAGGACCUUGAUGUUGUUGCUGCAGAUUAUAUGUUGAAAGUGGGGGUCUCUAAUUUUAGAAAUACAUGGGAAAGCAUGGGACCAGAUUGUGAGCGGGUUGAUGAGUAUGGCCUUGGUGUAAGGGAGAGCUUGGCAGAGGCUGUUGGUGCUGUCAUUGACAUUCUUGGCAUGCAGCCCUGUGAGGGCACUGAAGUUGUACCAAGCAAUUCGAGGUCACACACAUGCCUGUUGUCUGGUGUGUUUAUAGGCAAUGUCAAGGUGCUUGUCCGGUUGUCAUUUGGAAUUGAUGGGCCCAAGCAGGUUGCCAUGAAGCUGGCCGUUAGGUCUGAAGAUCAAACAGUCAGCGAUGCCAUCCAUGAGAUCAUUGCCAGCGGCUGAUGGCAGCAGCUUUCAUAUUGUUGGACUUGAUUGUCACCUUUUUCUGCUCCUUGGUUGAGUGAGGCUGGAGAAAUAGAGUUACCGGUGGUAUUAUAGCUAAUGUCGACCUCAAACUAAAAGUUUGGACUUUGGAAGAAGCAGAGAUCUGUUCCAGGUUAGCAAUUCCAGUUUUUCUGGGAGGGGAGUUUGGAUCCAUACAGGGAACCCUUUUUUUUUCUUCCUUUCCCGGGGGGGGGGGGGGCGUAGGUUGUGUGUAUUCAUGAUUGAUACAGUUCUUUUAUAGACUGGAAAUUUAGGUAAUAUAGUGAAUGAUUCCAUUUUUCAGAUCCAUUUACCAUCAGUUUUCCUGUAAUGUGGAUUCGGUAUAUAGGCCGUCCUGUAAGUUGGUAUUAGACCAA